AUGCAAGCUGUACGCGCGGCGUGGCGCAGCGCCCCGUUGCUUGGUCGGCGGGCAACCAGCUACGCAGGCCCGAGCCAGCGGAGGAGCUGGCUGCCAACAGCAGUGGGUGUGGGCCUUGGGGUGGCGGCAACUGGAGUACUAGUAGCCGGUUGCCGCACCCGAUUUGAUGAUGCCCCAGCCAUCCAUGCGCCCUUGGACGACCCGGAGCUGCAGCAAGGACUCGAGCAACGCGAGCGAGAUGUUGUCAAGCUGCACCAGUACAUGGCGGAGAUGCGCGAAAAGUUUAUCAAGCUGGGGGCCUCUGAACCGGACGACCUCAAGCGGGCCGAGCUGUAUGCCAAGUUUCGCGAGGAUGUGCUGCGCGACACUCAGGCGUAUUUGGACACGUAUGGCUGUGCCCGCUGGACCGACUCUGCUCUGGAGCUGAUCAAGGAGUUUUCGCCCAUUGUGGAGCUGGGCGCGGGGCAAGGACAAUGGCAACGAGCACUGACAGAGGCUGGCGCCAAUGUGGUGGCCUUUGACAACGAGAGCUCAUUGCAGCCCUCGAAUCAACCCGUGGGCAAGGUUUAUUCCGGUGACGAGCAAAAGCUCGGCUGGUACCCGUACCGGACGCUCUUGCUGGUGUAUCCACCCGAUUCGGACAUGGCGCAGCGCGCUUUGGACCGUUACAAGGGUCGCUACCUCAUUUAUGUGGGUGAGGCACGGGGCGGUGUCAAUGCCAACGAAGAGUUUUUCGACACGCUAGAAGCCGAUUGGGACUGCGUGCACCGCGAGAACCUGGCGCCGUUUUCGCGCUGCUACGAGCGGCUCUACGUCUUUCGCCGAGCCGUCCCGGUCGCCCAGUCGUGGACGGCCUGGUUUCUGGCCUGGAUGUAA